ACCAACCAACCAACAACAACAGUCAAGAUGGCCACAGCACUCCCAACACAGAUCAAGGCGGUCAUCUUCGAUAUGGAUGGCUUAUUGUUGGACUCAGAACGUUUAUACACUCAAGUCACCAACGAGGUCUUAGCACCCUACAACAAACAGUUGACCUGGGAGAUCAAGGCGAUGUUGAUGGGACGACCGUCAGAAGAAUCGGCGAGGAUCUUGAUCGAACGGACCGGGAUCCCACUCUGCCCAGACGAACUGAUCUCGAUGUUUGCCACCCGCCAACGCACCCUCUUCUCAACCGUCCAACCCAUGCCUGGGGCUCUAAAACUCGUCCAACAUCUUCAAAAGUCCAAGAUCCCAAUAGCCAUUGCUACAGGCUCAAGUUCGACUAACUACAAACUGAAGAGUGAAAACUUGAGUGAACUAUUCUCGGCCUUCGAAGCCAAAGUCGUAUGCGGCGAUGAUCCCGAGUUGAAGCGAGGCAAGCCGCAUCCGGAUCCAUUCUUACUAGCCGCCGCUCGGCAUCUAGGCAUGAAACUAGAACCCGAUCCGAUCACUGGCUUCCUCGAACCCCCAUCAGCCGACCAAUCAUCAUCAUCAUCAUCAUCAUCAGAAGGAGCUCUCAGACCAGAGCAGAUCUUGGUCUUUGAGGACGGGCUGGCCGGCGUCCAAGCUGCCAAGGCCGCAGGCAUGAAGGUCGUCUGGGUCCCCGACCCCGAACUCAAAAACGUCCUCCUCCGUCAGAAUGACAAACAGUCUCGUGUCGCAGCCGAUCAGGUCUGGAUUCCUUGCUCGACUGGAACGGGGCCGAUUGUCUCUCCCUCCAUUUGAUUCAUGAUCAAAUACACCAAAAAACAUCUGCGAUUCACAACGAAACGUGAUCCCAUCUUGAAAAAAAAAAUGAAUGAAUGAACAUAAAAGUAGAAUACACAUAUGGACUUGCAAUUUCUUCAUACAUAGAUCAUCUUGCUUACACAUGAACUAACUACAUACCAAUCCAAAGACCAAAAAAGUAACAAAAAAAGAACCUAUCAUCUGUACUUGCUCUCCUCCUAAUCUUUAUGAUGCUCUCACUAGUGUCUCAAUUUCUCAUCAAUGAACCUAGAUUUCAGAAUCACACCUAUAAUGUACAUAGAAACCCCUGUGCUUGACACACUUUCUGUUGAUUCAAGAGAUCAACCAUCGACCGAAAAUAAUCCGUGUCCUUUUCUCGACACAUCCAUCAUUGAUUUUGUUUUGAUUUGUCGAACUGAUAUCAUGAGUUGAAGUUCAUAAUUCACGGUUCUUGUGUUUGUUGCUGCCUCAGGUGAAAGUGAUCUAUCGACAUAAAUACAUGUACCCUUUUGUGUCCAAAGUUGAGUGCUGAAAGUCUAUGGGUUUCUCCUCCUGGAUUGCUGCAAGAUCUUCACCAACCAGAAGAUCCAUUAUAAACUCGUUUCAG